AUGCCGCAGGCGGGCAGCCCCCCGGGCUCCCGGGGCACGGCGCUGCUGGCCCUGGCGCUGGCGCUGGCAGGCUCCCUGGGCGGCGGGCAGCACUACGACUACUACGGGUGGCAGCCCGAGAGCCUGCCCCACGGGCGCUUCUACGGGCGGGAGCCGCAGUGCCUCGACAUCCCGCCCGACAUGCAGCUCUGCCGCGACGUGGGCUACAAGCGCAUGCGGCUGCCCAACCUGCUGGAGCACGAGACCAUGGCCGAAGCCAAGCAGCAGGCUGGCAGCUGGGUGCCCCUGCUCGCCAAGCAGUGCCACACCGACACCCAGCUCUUCCUCUGCUCCCUGUUCGCCCCCGUGUGCCUCGACCGGCCCGUGUACCCCUGCCGCUCCCUCUGUGAGGUGGUACGUGACUCCUGUGCACCUGUCAUGGAGUCCUAUGGCUUCCCCUGGCCUGAGAUGCUUCACUGUGCCAAGUUCCCCUCCGACCACGAGCUCUGCAUUGCCGUCCAGUUUGGGAACAGCAAAGUCACACCGCCACCAGUGUCCAAAAUCUGCACCCAGUGUGAGAUGGAGCACAAGGCGGACGGCAUGAUGGAACAGAUGUGCUCCAGUGACUUUGUGGUGAAGAUGCGCAUCAAGGAGAUGACAGAGGAGAACGGGGAGCGGCGGCUGGUGGCUGCCCAGAAGAAGAAGGUGCUGAAGCUGGGCCCGCUGAAGCGCAAGGACACCAAGAAGAUGGUGCUGCACAUGAGGAACGCGGGCACCUGCCCCUGCCCACAGCUUGACAGCCUCAGUGGCAGCUUCCUGGUCAUGGGCCGCAAGGUGGGUGGCCGCCUGCUCCUCCUGGCCAUCUACCCCUGGCAGAAGCACAACAAGGAGAUGAAGUUUGCAGUCAAGUUCAUGUUCUCCUACCCUUGCCCCCUCUACCACCCCCUGCUCUAUGGGGCUGGGCAGCACUAGGGCUUUGCCCACCCUGCCCUUUCCCAGGACUCCUGCACUGGCCUAACAUCACACCCUUAGCCUCCCUGGCUGUACCCCAGGACCCUGGCUCUGUUCACCUCAGCCCCUUGGUUGUGCCCCAGAUCCUGGUUUUGCACCUGCUGCAUUCAUGGGAGCCUGGAUCCGCAGCCAGAACCCAUCUCCUCSUGAGAGCCCAGCUCUGCACCCCUAAGACCCCUGUUCUGCUCCCAGAACCUCUGCCCCUGUCCAGGAGCUUAGUCUGGACCCAGGACCUUUGUUCUGCAUGCUUGAGAGCACUGCUCCACCCCAGAGACCCUGGACUAUUCCCAGGAUCCCUGCCCAGAAAGCCCUGCUUUCAUUUAGGAUCCCUGCUUGGCCCUCUUGGCUGUGCCUGAGAUCCCCACCCUGCAGCCGUGUCCUUUGCCCAGCUCCCUCAUGACAUGCCCCAGACCUCAGCCCCCCCAAUCCCUGUUCCAGCCCACCUUGAGCUCACACCCAGCCCUGGACCAUCUCACCUUCACAGAGGCCUGGCCCAGCCCAGGGAGAUCCCUUCUACCCCACUGUACCCACAGACUGUCCCUCUCAAGACCAAGGGCCCAGACCAGCACAACCCCUUSCUGGGCUCCCCCACUCCCCAUUCCAGAUGGCCCAUUCAUGGCUCAGUGUGUGUGAAGGGGGUCCCCCUCCAAGCCCCCAGA